AUGCAUACUCAAUCACGUAUUCACGUACAGACUACUAAAUAUUUUCAGGUGUUGAGGAGGCCGUACGAUACCCAGUGGACUUGGGGGCCGCUGCAGAAGGCCCGCAGAAAAGCACGGCAACCUGUCGUCAGGAUGGACUCCUCUGAUCAACGUGGGGAAGUCAUUCUUCGAAACCUUGCCCAUGAUCUUUUAUCAGAAUACGAAUGUGAGGAAUUCAAGCAGAUUUUAUAUCAAUUUAAGCAGACACAAUCUGUUGCAACGCUUUGUCAUCAGGUCAAACCAUUGAUCAACACCACCGAAAAACUUCUUCUUCUUGUAGAAUUGAGUUCCCGUAUUCCACGUAGUCUGCAAGAGGAUUUCCAUAGGAUCUGUAGUCUUCAGUUUGCUAAUUAUGAAACUUAUCUAAGGAUUUACUCUCACGGAAACUCACUCGCAGAAAAUCCUCGUGUAAUUGCCCAGGACUCCUCUGGAAAAUUCCAAAUAGUUUCACGCGGCAGCGAAAAAAAGUUCAUGGUAAAUUCUAAUAAUUAUAAAAAUUAUACAGAUAUCAAUUCCCAGCAUGGCACCAGUGUUACGAGUGGAAUUUACAGCGAGCAUGACGAAGAAUCAUUGAAACCUGUUGAUGAUACCAAUGGGGAUGAUGUCUUCUUGUGGGGUUCUGGUAACUAUGGAAAUACGGAACCAAGGAAGACAUCCAACGUUGUCAAGACUUCCAACAACGGCACUGUGCGAAGGAUUUUUCUUGCAAGACGAGAGGAUGGCAGUUUAGGGCUCGGAAUACAAGGAGGAAAAGAAUAUGGAACAGAAAUCUCCGUCAACGUAGUUGACCCCGAAGGACCUGCUGCUUCACAGGGUGUGGCUUUGGGAGAUACAAUUCUGGAGGUAAAUGGCACUGACUUUCGACAUCUGACACAUGCUGAGGCUGUUACACUUAUCAGAAAUGCAUGGAACAUCAUCAUGUUGAUUCAGAGCGGUGGGCGUCGCCGUUCUCACCACAGUCAAAGAAAAGUUUCGGAACAUCUACAAGUCGUUGAGUUAGAGGUUUUGGUUUACCCCUCUGUCGAUGGCAGACUUGGCUGUGCUACAAACAGGAGGAACAAGAAUAAGGUUUUGGUGGUGAGAUCCGUGGAUGCUAACUCGCCAGCUUACAAGGCUGGGAUAGUAGCUGGUGACCUAAUCACAAAGAUUGAUGGAGUUGACAUUCGCUCCCUGACCGAGCGGCAGAUUACCUCCCUUACCCGAACCAAGCGUCUGAUGAUCUGUAUUCGUCGUGGUGUAAAGUCCUCAGAUGCUGGAAGUCUGAGACCUGGAAACAGAGAGCCAACAGACAGCAGCCAUGGAAGAAAUAGCUCACCUCAUCGAAAUAAAUCAAACAAACUUCAGGAAAAAGCAGAGACGGACUUAGAGAGAUUCACACGAGUGUUUGGAACGAUGGAUGUUGAUGGUGAAGGCAGUCAGGGAGGCAGUGUAAAUAAAACCAAUCAAUACAAUAAGAAAAAUAGCACUAAGGAUGGAAAUUGGAUGCUUAACACUAAAGAGGAUGCUACUCCUAAAUUCUUCCAUCGAAAGGAAUUCAUCACUACCCCUAAUGUCCAGACACGAACCCGCGCAGACAGCCAUGGUGCCGCACAGUUUGAACGCCGCAGUAGGAGCCAUGGACGAGACGCCAUCCAGGUGGUCUGGGGUGGUGGUGUACGACGUUAUGUUAGAUCAAGAUCCCAGUCUCCACAUCACACCCAGCGAUCUAGACGUCGCUCCCGUAGCUUAUCACGUCAUGAACGAGACAUCAUGAUGGCCAUUCAGAUGGGCAUGGAGAAACGUCAACGAGCAUUACGUUUAUCACUUUAUCAAACGCCAGACAAUAGUGAUCUAGACUGGGAACUAUAG